ACUUACAAGCAUAUACCGGUAUAGUAUGGUGUGGUUUUAUAGACCUGUACAUUACAACUAUUACACCAUCAUGGAUUCGGAUGCGUCUAUCAAUCUACAACGUCUGCCCGACAUGGCAACACAAGUCCUCGACGACAUGGUCAAGUACUUGCUGUCUACCUCGGGCCUGGUAGUGUUCGUCGUCAUUUUCGUCGUCUACUGCGUCUGUUGUCAUCGUCGGGAUGGUAGAGAUCAACGCGAUGUCAACCCUGUGCCUUAUGACUGCCUGUAUAUCGAUACCACGUUGCGCCACGCAAUGUCAUUGAUCACAUGGUACUGCAGAGUACGGGUGAGGCGCCGCAAGAUGGAUCUCGAGCACACUACGCUUCUCAAUGAGAUACAAGCCUUGUGUCAGUCGACCGCAUCUCAAAGCCAUCACCAUCCAACCCUGAUCAGCGCAUCGGUCAACACCAGUCUGGACUUGUUCUUCCGGGUCCAGAAGUACCCACCGGGGUCAGAGGUCAUUGUCACUGCAAUCAACACGCGCGACACCAUCCAGGUACUGCUUCACCACGGACUUCAGGUGGUUCCUUUGGAUGUCACCCGGGAGCAGCUCUCACCGGAACUGGAAACCCUGAGGCUUCUUCUCAAUGAAAACACUGUGGCUAUCGUGGUGUCGCAUUUGUUCGGACGGGUGUGCGACCUGUCAGCGGUCACGGAAAUCGCGCACGAGCAUGGCGUUCACGUCCUUGAAGACUGUUCUUUGGCGUGCUUGGCGCCAGCGCAUUCCAUAAACCCAGAAUCGGAUCUUGUAUUCUUCAACUUUGGUGUCAUCUACCCAUGCACUGCAUUCGGUGGAUCUAUCACCAGGAUCAAAGACAAAUAUCUCCGAGAGAAAAUGGAAGAACUACAAAAGACGUAUCCUCAAGGAUCUGAAGUGGAGUAUAUCCGCAAGGCUUUUAAAUGCACGUUGACUGCAAAGGCUCUACAGUGCCCUUUCUUAUUGAAACUAUCCUCUGGGUUGGCCAAGCUUGUUCGUAUCAAUCUCAAGGAGGUUAUCAAUGCGUAUUUAACAGCGCCCCCUGCGGCUGGUCUAGUGCGUCAGCUUCGUGAGAGACCUUCGACGACAAUGACAUUCAUGCUACAUCGAAGAUUGAAACACGUUGACCCGAAGGAUUUGGAGAGAUCUAGAGAUGUCGGGGACUACGUAUCGGAUAGGCUCCCGCAGGUAGCAGGCCAGAUUGGCACCUAUGCUCUGAUCCGCGGCUACUGGCUCUUUCCCAUCCUCGUCGAUAAUCCCGAAGAAGUGUAUCAGCGCCUCAAUGGGCUAGGUAUUGGUGCUUCGAGAAGCCUCGCUCAGAUCGAGCUCGUCACCUCCACACGUCCCACCGAUACGCAUGCGACAACGGCUCUAGUCGGCAUCGACGAGACCCGAUGUCGACCGACCACGGCAUCGUUCAUCAUGGACCAUAUCAUCUACCUUCCCGUUCACCGAGGCGUCCCGAGACACCAUCUCGAUCAGAUCUGCUUGGCUGUCGAAAUCGUCCUCAACAAACUCGCCAUCCUUGCACGCUAUCACGCCAGCGUCGGUGCGAGGCAGAAGGAAACUCAUCCUGGUCCGUACGGUCCGAUGACCUCUCGACGGAACAAGGAGUCGUCACGGAGACGUACUGUGUCUGUAAAUCGUAACAUUACUACUAAAACCCAGCAGGUAACCGCCACCAACGUCAAUAAAAACGAUUCAUCGUAAUAUUAUUCUAAUCGUAUGGGCCUAAGUGUAGAUUUAUUUAUUUAUUUAUUUCUGAUAUUUAGGAAGGGUCAUUCAAUAUCACCAAUAAUGGUGGUCUUCGGUACGACCAUGCACAGAAACAUAAAUUACAGGAGCUUAAAAGUGCCAGCGAGAUGACGAGAUGAUUAAGACAAAGAGACGAGAAAUGAGUUAAAAGACUAAAAAACAAAUUGACGGAACUCGGCAAGUCGACUUGUCUCGGAAGAUAAGACGGGUUGUUGGAACUCGACAACUCGAUAUUUUAAAACUAGAUGACGAGUUGUUGGAACUCGGCAAGUCGAGUUGUUUAGCAUGUUUAGGGGACGAAAAGACGAGAUGAUCGGCAAGUUCACUUAGGUAAGACGAAAAGAAGAGAUGACGAGUUGAUGGAACUCGGCCAAUCGUCUUGUUUAGGUCGAGAAGGCGACAUAACGGAUUGUUGGAACUUAGCCAGUCGACUUAUUUAGCAUGUUCAGGACGAGAAGACGAGAUGGUGGAUUACUGGAAGUCGGCAGGUUGUGAUUUGUAAUUCAGAGCAUUCUGGAUAUUAAAAAAAAACAUAUAAAGGCCUACAUAUAAAACGUCACCAAAAGAUGAUACUAAACAACAACUCGUCAUCUCGUUUUCUCGUCCUAAACAAUUACACCUUACGAACGCAUUACGAACGCCAUGAGUCGUUCGUUCGAAG